AUGCCUGCAAGCUUCAAGAUUCUCCAGGCUGACUUCCUGUGGGCACUACAGGACUUGGGAGCCCUUGUUUUCUACCAGAGCAUAUCUCAGGCGCUUAGUGGGCUAGUAUGGGGCUACUUGGCGGACCGCUCUUCCCGUGUUCGCCUCUUGGCGACUGGCUGCUGUUCUUGGGGCCUCGUGAGCAUGUUCAUCGCCAUGGGAACUCAGUACUGGCAGUUCGCCGUGCUGAAGGUGCUGAAUGGCAUUGCUAUGGCAAGCAUCGGGCCGGUAGCCCAGUCCCUGAUCGCGGAUUUGUUCCCUUCGAAUAUGCGCGGUGAACAGUUUGGCUGGCUCCAGUUUUUCUUAUGCGGAGGUUGCAUCGUGGGCGCUUUAAUUGGCGGUAGCAUGGCAAGCUUUACUGUUGUUCCGGGCGUUCGGGGCUGGCGAGUCGCUUUUUUUGUUAGCGGCAUACUCUCGGUGUGUGCCGGACUUCUUGUACGGAUUAUCGCUGUGGAGCCGCGCCGUCACGAAGUCUUCGAUGGCGGAAAUCCCAAACUCGGACUCACAGAAGGAAUACAAGACUCAGGCGUCCUGCAGGACAUGUACCGCCGGUGCCGGAACUUUUGCCGCGCCACUCUUUCGCGGACAUUCUUCAUUCUUCUACUUCAGGGCAUAUGCGGGUACAUACCGCUCCACGCGUUUCAGUUCUAUACCAUGUGGUUUCAGUACAUAGGGAUGCCGGACUGGCAGGCGAGCGUCCUCACGGCGUGUCCUCUGAUCGGCGGAAUGGUUGGGUCGCUAUUCGGCGGAUGGCUUGGGGAUCAGGCUGAUAGGUGGAGCCGCUUUCACGGUCGUCCUCUGGUGGGACAAAUGGGCACGCUUCUUUCCAUUCCCCUAAUAUACACGGGCUUACUUGUUAUCCCACGCCGUCCUGAAUUCUUCGGGCUCUAUGCUCUCGACAUGCUGUUGCUCGGCUUUGCAAUAGCAUGGUGUCCCAGUGGUGUAAAUCGACCGAUUUUGUCGGAGAUCGUCGAGUCAGACGCACGUGCUAGCGUUUUCGCUACACAAAUUGUUUUUGAAGGCAGCGUGGCUGCUAUGCUAGGCUCGCCAGUCAUCGCCUUCAUGGCCGAGUCACUGUUUGGUUAUCGCGGAGUCAGUGCGUCGGCUCACUCGGAAGCCCUCAAGCUGAAAAAUAUUGAGGCUCUUGCAAAUGCCCUACUGGUUGCGACAGCUUUCCCCUGGACUGUCUGUUUUUUUCUGUAUGGCCUGCUCCACUUCACGUACAAGAAGGAUGCCUUUUCGGUUUAA